AUGACAAAGAACCGACUCCGAUGGCGCACCCGCGGGCGCAGACACUAUGGACGCCUCGCACAACAGCUAGCCUUUGAUCGGUGGCGCAAGGGUGAACCACUUUCCUUUGACAAACCGAGUGAGCGACAGCUUCUCCUCUAUGAGAUCACGGCAGCUGCGGUCAGGUUUGCUACUGGUCGCAUCAAAAAGCUGAUUGCUGACUCAAAGGACCGGUUCCUACGAGGGGUCGCUGCUGAGGGACAUCAGAGUGUUUCCGCAAUUAUGAACCGGGUCAAGAUGGCUGGCCUGGGUGCCAGGGCCAAGCGGGCAGUCGCCAGAACCCUCCCGAGGCUGCUUGACACGACCACUGGAAGCGAUGCGACCAGUGCGGCCGACCGAGACCGCAUAUGGCUCGAACACUUCGGUACACAGGAGGAAGGCGAGACGAUGUCGACCCAGGACUUCCUCACCAGAUGUUCCAACUGGCAAGAGGACAGAAGCGCUACUUGGACAUGGAAGGAGCUACCGAGUGUUCGGGACAUUGAAGGCGUCAUGAGGAAAACUAAGCGGGGAAAGGCACCUGGUUUGGACCAGCUCCCAAGUGACGUCUUUGCGGCCUGUCCGGCUGCUUUUGCUCGUCUUCUACAUCCGCUGUACAUCAAGAGCCUCAUCAACGGUCGUCAACCGGUGCAGUGGCGUGGAGGCAUCCUGUAUGAGGCUUUCAAGAAAAGUGGCCAUGCGUGGUUGCCUGAAAAUCACCGCAGUCUCUAUGUGGCAAGUUUCGCCGGCAAAGUUCUGCAUCGAGCGAUGCGGACCAAAAUUGGGGGUGACAUCAGCUCCCUCUUACAUCCUCUACACUGCGGCACGCGCCCGGGAGCCCCAGUGCUCUUUCCAUCACUCUACGUGAUCUCGCACUUCAGGAGGUGUGCGCGACAAGGCCGCAGCGCAGCCGCGGUCUUUAUAGACACGAGAGCGGCGUACUACAGGGUGGUCAGAGAACUGAUUGUCGGAGACCUGAAGACGGAUAGAGGUGUUGAAGCCCUUUUUCACAAGUUUGGCCUGGAUGGUGAUGAUAUUUCUGAGAUGAAGGACUUGAUCUCACAAGGAGGCAUGUUGAAUGUCGCGGGCGUGCCGGAGCCGAUCCAGUACUGUGCAAGGGACUUCUUUCGCUACACGUGGUUCAGUUCCCGCUUUGCCAAUGGCGACAACGUGUGCGAAGCAGCUGCAGGCUCCCGCCCAGGGGUUUCCUGGGCGGAUUGUAUCUUUGCUUUCCUGUAUGCGAUUAUCCUUUAUCGCAUACAAGAGGCUCUGGCUGGUGAAGACAUCGGAAUGAGGAUGCCCUACGAUCCAACCCUGGGUCCUUUUGGACACAACCCGGAUGCUGAAAUGCAGGACAUGAUGGACUCCACGUGGGCGGAUGAUUCUGCCUACAUCAUGGAAGAUGAGUCGGCGCUGACUUUGCUUGACAAGGCCUGUCGUAUUACGACAAUCGUGAUUUCUACCUUCCGGAGCCAUGGGCUUGACCCCAACCUCCGUCGCAACAAAACCAGCAUGAUUGUGCGACUGUGUGGCGCAGGCUCAACCAAGGCCCGAAGAGACUACUUCCAGACCGGCAAGCCGGUGUUGUACUUACCCGACCUUGACGAGGAGAUCCACAUCGUUCCCUACUACAAGCAUCUUGGUACCAUGGUGGACCCAAAAAUGUCCCUUCGACAAGAAAGUCGGUACCGAAUGGCCCUUGCCCAGUCUGCCUAUGAGGCAGCAAAGGACCUUUUAUUACAGAACAGGGACCUCUCCUUGCCCACGCGUACUUCGCUUUACCAGACAGCGGUCGUCUCCACCUUCCACAACCUCGCUGUCUGGCUUCCCAAAGGAGAGGCUUGGAGGAGACUAUGUGAUGGAUUUUCUCGCCUCACACGACGUCUCCUUUAUCGACACGGACGGCCCGAGGACAUAUGGAAGAUGCCACUCCCCUUGGUGCACUGUGCCACGGGAUGUUGGCCGCUCGGCUACUUCGCGCGACGAUCGCGAGUGUCGGCCUUGAUUUCGUUGGCGAAGACGGGACCACCCCCUCUCUGGGCGAUCCUUCAGCACGAACGAGAAUGGCGUGACACAUUGGUGGACGACCUACGAUGGCUUUGUUGGGAUGCUGGUGCUGGAUGGCCUACUAUCACGGAGGCCGAUUGGCCCAGAUGGCUGCAUCUCAUGCGGGAUCACCCUGACAUGAUCAAGCGGACAGUGAAGAAAAGGCUACGAGGUGACUUUGAGCACUUCCAGGAGGACGCCUUAAUCCACGUUUGUCACUGGCGCCUGCACAAGACCCUAGUUGAGGGACAAGAGAAGGACAGUGCGCCAGAGCCAUGGGCUUGCAGAGUAUGCUCGAGAGUCUUCAAGAAGAAGUCUGGUUUGGGCGUGCACUUCUUCAAAGCCCAUGGAAGACGAGCCGAUUAUAGAGACUAUGUUGAAGGCAGCUUUUGCCGUGCGUGCAACAAGGAGUUCUGGACGGUUGGCCGUCUUGAAGAUCAUCUCCGCUACUCCGGCAAGUGUCUUCGAAUCUUGCGCCGAAACUACGAGCCAGCUGCGACAGCAGUGCCUGGCUAUGGUAGUAAAAAGCGCCGACAAGCUGAGACCGACAACUACACUCCAGCUGCACCGGUUCAGACUUGUCCCCCCAGCCUUCUGGAUGUUGAAUCUGACUGGAACCCAUGGCAGACAAAACUGCAUGAGGAGCUGUGCAACUUGUUGCUUGAUGACCAGUCUGAUGGUGAAAUUCCCCAGAUGAUUCGAAGGGAGGUUGACAGACACCCCCUUUUCCCGGAGGAGAUUCGCAAAGUGUUGGACUUCCUGACCAGCGAGGUCGAUGAGAUCCACUCUGAUGCGGACCUACAGCAGUGGAGUGAACCGGCGUACCACUCCAUUGUGCAAGCCCUCCAUGACUGCCUGAAGCCCUCCUUCCUGAUUGAGGCUGACCCAGUAGUGCCCGAUGUCUCACUAGGCAUGGUGGAAUUCACCGGUUUGGUGGAAUCGUUUGACUGGGAAGAGGCAGUUUCUACUUUUCGAAGAAGCCACGUGACCCAGACCGGUUCACUGUUUAUCUUGGACGAUUGCUGGAAAGCUGUUUGGUGUCGUUCCAAGGGUGCACCGUUCCCUACAGCCGUGGCGUUCAAUCCGUUGAUUGCAUUCCCAGCUACCUUGAUGGAGCUUUGGCAGGAACUGCUAAAGGGACUGUUUCCAACCCUGCGUGCUCCCAAGGAUUUCUGGGCCCACCCGCUGGCACGACCAUUUGACCCGGACUGUCUGAUCUUCUUCGGAGGAUUCGACACUUCCAGUGCAACCCCUGACCAUCACGUGUGGUGCUACAGCAUGGAGGAGAACAAAUGGAAGGCAGACGGGAAUCCAGGAGGCUCACCACCCAAUGGUGGCACUGGAGAUAUUCGAGAGGCGAAGGGGGCCAUGCUGGGCCAAGAGUUCUACAUCUUCUACGGAGAUACGCAGGCCGAGACCUUCAAGUACACCGUGCCGAACAGCUUCAAAACUCAGGCGGCCAGGAAUGUUGCAGGGACCUGGACGGAGAUCACCGUGGGCGCGAAUCCUCCGCCACGUUAUCUUCAUCAAGUCGUCGCAACGCCACACGGCAUGUUGCUACACGGCGGAGUGUAUGACAACGCCAGCUACAGCACUGUGCCGUACACAACUUAUUAUGCCGACUUAUGGAAACUGAAUUCUGGAGUAUGGACGGAAGUGUCGACAAGUAACGGUCCGGGGACCUUCCGGAAGAGAUGGUACCAUUCGGCAGUCUACGACCCGGUCAACGAUGCGCUGGUCAUCUACGCCGGGUUGGACGCUUCACACAAUCGGCUGGCCGAUAUUCAAUCGUGCAGCUUGCAGACCGGGCAAUGGUCGCUGUGGACGCCGGUGACUUCAGCAAACACGCCCGUUGGAAGAUACGGUCACUCUGGGGUGUAUGCAGGCUCCAACAGGUGCAUGCUGGUUUAUGGUGGCUUUGAGGCCAGUGGACAGCACGUAAACGCCUUGUACUGCUUCGACAUGGCAGCCGGGGACUGGGUCACCAAAAGUACUACGAUAGCAAUGCCGGGGAGAUCGCACCACGCGGCUGUAGUGAACUCGGAUAGUACGAUAAUGUACAUCCAUGGCGGUCAGAAUACGGCGACACCAUCCUUGAGUGACCUCUGGAUGUAUGACAUCGCAGCAGAUAGCUGGACACUCCUCGCUCCACAAUCCAUUGGUCCGGGAAUCAGAUACCACCAUGCGGCGGUUUGGACGGGCGUUUGCAUGCUCAUCUACGGAGGGCUGCAGAACCAGGAUAGCGAAGCAGACCACUAUCUUUGGUGCUACGACCCAUCGGCAAACCGCUGGAUGAUAGACACGAGCGCAGGAGGAACUUCGCCCACGGGGAAGAUCUGGCAGAAUCAUGCGGCCAUUUAUGGUGACAUCAUGUACAUCUCCGGUGGUCAGAUGCCAACCACGACUGACAGGACUUUCAGCUACGUCAUACCGUACACUUUUCAGGGGCUGUCGGGACCACCGACCUCGACUACGACCACCUCGGCUACGACCACCUCGACUACGACCACCACCGUUACUUACACAUCGACGGUCCAGGCUGAUAACGUUUGGGCGCAGCUGGUGCCCAUCACCAGCCUAGCCCCCGCAGGGCGACAGGCUUUCUCCAUGGUUUUCUGGGAGCAGGGUGGCACGAUCCUGGUCUUCGGUGGGUUUAACCCAGGGAAUCAGAACACCGUCUACGACGACUUGUGGGCUUACUCUGUGCAGGGGAACUUCUGGGGGGAGAAGACCUCUGCCAACGGCUCUGCCGGCUCUCGUCAAUACCACACAGCGGUCAUCAGCACAGACGGACGUUGCAUGCUGGUGUAUGGUGGCUGGGGAGUUAGCCAGGCUCUUUUUCUGGAUGACCUCUGGUGCUACGACAUGCCAGCCGACACCUGGAGUGAGAUAAGUCCGACCAACCCACCUCUUGGCCGUGUGGCUCACAGCGCAGUCAUGUCCAACGAUGGUCACAUGUAUAUCUUCGCCGGCUUUGCGAACGUCACGGGCGUUCAAGGAGGAACCUAUGUCAAUUCAAUCUACAGCUACAGCGUCCAGAACAAUGCUUGGACCGAAGUCACGCCCACCGGCAUCGUACCGGAAGCCCUUGUCGGUCAAACUGCUCAUCUGGUCCAGGACUGCAUGUACAUCUAUGGCGGCACGAACUAUACUGGGAAUAUGUUUUCCAACGUGGACUGCUUCAAUGUGGUGACUCACGAGUACACGCGGCUCAGCAGUGGAGGUCGAGCCACUUCGUGGCACGCUGGUGCGCUGGCGUCCUCUGUCGAUUGCAUUCUUUUCUGGGGCGGCGUGGAAUCAAAUUAUGGCGGUUUGUCGUACGUCGCCCCCCAGUGCUUCAACUACGUGGACAACCGAUGGGAGUCGCGAGACGGAAACAGCACCCAGCAGCCCUACAUGCGGACCAACCACAACGCUGUGUACGUUCCUUCGUGGGACGCGCAGCUCUUCUUCAUGACGGCAAGCUCGUAUCAGGACAUGGAAAUGUGGGUCUUCAAAGCUGGUACUACGACCACUUCUACGACCAUGACCACAGCUACCACGACGUUCACAGCGACGGAUCAGGUGGAGAGCUCUUGGGUGUUCCUGCAGCCCUUCUCGGUGAUUCCAACUCCUCGCGCAGACCACACCGCGGUGUACACCAAUCGGAGUGGUUCCGGCCUCGUGUUCAUCCACGCUGGCCAGCGCGAAGUCCCAGGCUAUGGCUAUGGAUCUGGCGGAAGCCCCUUGCUCAGUGACGUCUGGGUCUAUUCUAUUCAGGCCAACCUCUGGGUGCAGAAGUCUUCGUCUCCUUGGGCUUCGCGAAUCGGCCAUUCAGCAGUGAUGAGCCCAAUCGACGAUUGCAUGCUCGUGUAUGGCGGAAGGGAUACCAGCAGUUCCUACCUCAGCGACCAUUAUUGCUACGACACGUCGGAGCCCGCCGGCCGGCCUGUAGCCCCUGAAUACAUGGCAGCGCCAAGGGAUGGUGGAACAAAUAGCAAGGACAAGCCCUAA